AUGUCUACUAUCAUGAAGAAUUUUAAUAAAGAAUCGACAGUUGUCGUACAUUUUGAUCGUGAUUGGAAAUUUCUACAUUUAAUCGAAGAAGUACCAGAUGCUGAUUAUGUUUUAAUAAAUUAUAAUGAUGAUCAUUGGAAUACAAUUGAAUUACCUCAUCGUGAUACAAAACAUGAUUCAUCAGCAUAUUGGUAUCGUAAACGAUUUGAUUGGAGACAUAAACCUGAUAAUAAUCAACAUGCUUAUUUAAAUUUUACUAUAUCAGAAACUGCUAAGAAGAAAUCUAAGGACAUUAAAAUACCAGGGAUCAUUCUGUGGUUAAAUGAAAACAAUAUUUUUACUGGUACACUUCCACCAAAAGAACCUAUUGACAUAACAAAAUAUUUACGUACAAAUUCAAAUAAUGUUAUUACUAUUUGCUCUGCAGAAGGAUAUUCACUUUUAUUAUAUGCUCGUCUACUUAUGCCAAGUGUAUCUGUUGGACAAGUAAAUUAUGAGGAUUUUGAUGAAAAUACUUUAACAAAACGGCGUAGAACACUUGAUUAUUCAGCAAGUUUUAAUGAUACUAGUGGACGUAUCGAUGUUAUUUUUGAUUCAUAUCGAAAAACUCAUAAAGAACAACCUCAUAUAAACGAAGAACAACUUCAUAUAAAUGAAGAUAAUGAAUGGAUAUAUGUAUCAAAUAAUGAUAUUGAUGAAGCGAAAAAAGCAUUAGAUAUUGGUCCUGUUCCACGUCUUGCAAUACUUAUACUUAUUGUUGGUACGCGCGGUGAUGUUCAACCGUUUAUUGCAUUAGCAAAAGCAUUACUUGCUUGUGGUCAUCGAGUACGUCUUGCUACACAUGAAACUUUUCGAAAAUUUGUUCGUGAAAAUGGUAUUGAAUUUUAUCCUUUAGCUGGUGAUCCAGCUGAUUUAAUGUCAUUUAUGGUUAAAAAUGCUGGUAUUGUACCAUCAGUUAGUAGUAUUGUCGCUGGUGAUGUUGGUAAAAGUCGUCGUAUUAUUGCUGAAAUUCUUGCAUCAACAUGGAAAGCAUGUAUUGAAGAUGAUGAUGAAACAGGUAUACCAUUUAUAGCUGAAGCAAUUAUAGCCAAUCCACCAUCUUAUGGUCAUAUACAUUGUGCACAAAAACUACAAAUUCCACUACAUAUAAUGUUUACUAUGCCCUGGUCACCUACAACUAAAUUUCCACAUCCAUUCGUUAAUGUUAAUUAUGAUUUUGGACCCACUGAACGUAUUAAUGUAUUAUCUUAUGGUAUUAUUGAAAUGUUGACAUGGUCUGGUAUGCGUGAUAUAAUUAAUGAAUUUCGUGAAGAAACACUUCAACUUGCACCUUUACAUAAUCGACAAGCAAUUCAUGCCAUGAUCGAUGAACAUGUUCCACAUACUUAUUGUUGGUCACCAUCUCUUGUUCCUAAACCAAAUGAUUGGCAAGAAUAUAUUAAUGUUUGUGGAUUUUUCUUUCUUGAUCUUGCAACAGAUUAUAAACCAUCUGAAGAUCUCGUUCGAUUUCUUAAAAAUGGUAAACCACCUAUUUAUAUUGGUUUUGGUUCUAUUACAGGUCAUGAUCCAGCUCGAAUUCUAAAAAUUGUAUUAGAAGCUCUAAAUGCAACAGGAUAUCGAGCUUUACUAUCGGGUUUAGCUCAAGAAGAUGAUCAAUUACCAGACAAUGUUUUUAAAAUUAAUAAUUGUCCACAUGAUUGGCUUUUCCAACAUGUAUCUGCUGUAUGUCAUCAUGGUGGUGCAGGUACAACUGCUGCUGGUCUUCGUGCUGGUAAACCAACAAUAAUUGUUCCAUUUUUUGGUGAUCAAUUUUUUUGGGGAACAAUGAUUUCGAAAAGUGGUGCAGGUGCACCACCUCUUCCUGGUAAACGUUUAAAUGUUGAUGAAUUAAUUGAUGCAUUCAAACUAGUUCAUCAAACAGAUACACGUGAAGCUGCUGAAAAAUUACGUAUUGCAUUUGAACAUGAAAAUGGUUGUGAAGCUGCUGUACAAUUCUUUCAUUCACAUUUACCAUUAAAAAAAUUGUAUAGUGAUCUUGAACCGUCAUUUGCUGCUUGUUAUUAUUUAAAAGAAUAUAAUUUACAAAUUUCACGUCCUGUUGCACAAGUACUUGUUGCUGCUGGAGCUAUUGAAGAAUCACAGUUAAGUUUACAUUCAACUUAUAAAUGGGAAAAAUUAACAAAUGAUGAUCGUCCACAUUUUCCUAUUCGUGCAAUAAUGAGACAUGGACAAAAAGCAUUUAAUUCUUUAUUUGUUGAUACACCAAAAGGUUUAAAACGUGCAGCAAGUUCAAAUAAUAUAUUAGAUGGUGCAGAAUGUCUUGUUAGAGGUGUUGGAAAAGGUAUUGGACAUGCAUCUAUUGGUUGUUUAUCAUUUUAUGGUGAUGUUACUGAUGCACUUCAACGUUUACCAAAAUUAUAUGAUCCAUAUUCAGAUUGUGAUCAACAUAAACGACCAGAAGUUGAUAAUUUUCAAUCUGGUGCUAAAGCUGCUGGACAAUCUGUAUGGUAUGGAUUUAAAGAUGGUGUUACAGGACUUAUAAAUAAACCUCGAGCAGGUUAUCAAAAACAUGGUGUUUUAGGUGGAGCCGCUGGUGCAGUUGUUGCUUUACCAAAUAUUGUUAUUAAACCUAUUGCUGGUACACUUGCUUCAUUAACUUGGUUAAGUCGAGGUGUUUAUGCUCAAGCAAAAAAUAUAACAAAUAAAAAUUUAAAUGUUGAUCAUCGAUUAUCAGUAUUAAAUGUUAAUGAAAAUCGACGAUCAUCUGAUGGAUUAGCAAAUAAUAAUUAUGAUAUAUCACCUGAAGGUCGAGCUUCAUAUGAAUCUGGUUUAAAUAUUGAUAUAUGUAGAGAAAUUUUAAAUGAAUUUGAAAAAAUUAAACAUGAACGUAUUUCAAUGCAAAAUGAGAAAAGUCAAAAAAAUCCAAAGAAAUUAUUACAAAGGCAACGUAGUCGGUCAGUUACAAAUCAUUAA